AUGGUUACAAAAAUAUUACAACUAGUAAAUGUUCUAGCAUGGAUGACAAAUGGUGUACACAGUUGUUUGUGUCGUGGUUUGCAUCACCCUCAAGAUGAAUUCUGCUCUGCCAAAUAUGUAUUCUAUGGCAAAGUUACCAAGGAAAAGCUUAUACCAGGUCCACCCGAUGACGUAGAAAAUAAUUUAGCUACUUGGGAAUAUACAUUUAAAAUCAUUUUCAAAAUGAAGGGUGUUACAGAAGGGGUUGGUCAAGAUGUUGUUGUAGAGACAAGAGGAAAUGGUGCUCUCUGUGGAGUACGCUUUGAUGUCGGACAAUCUCGUAUCUUAAUAGGAGGAAAAAAACCCGAUGGAACGAAAACAAUAAAUCUCUGCAGUUUUAGGAGAAAAAUCGGCAAUCUAUCCACAUAUCAAACGUUUUACCUGUUUACAAGAGGUUUUGAUUCGUAUAAUUUCAACUGUAGAAGAAGAUGCAAAAUCGGCCCAAAGUCAAUAGGCUGUAAAUAUCAUCUGGAAAAUACAAAUGAUAAGCCGACCAUAUGUCUUGCUCAGAAGGCACUAUGCAAAAGAGAGAGAAGACGGUGUCGCUGGGUUAAUAAUGAAACAUGUUCAUGA